AAAGACUACUGUAUGGACUACAAUCCUAAACUGGAGAGGUUAACGCAUUUACAAAAUUAAACAUUUUAUGUCCUUUGAACAUAUCAAGUGUAUAGUUUAACUGUAGCUCACUACUGUUAAAUGAGAGUUUUGAGCCGCUCGCUGGCACGCGCACUGGGGCGUGGCUUAUUGACAGUGCAGCACGCUGCGACUUGAUCAUCAUUACACUAGUUGAAAACAUGGAGAAGUCUCAGUUCAGCUAGCAUCCGACUGGUGCUGACUUUGUAUAGUCUGCCUGUGAAUACCUGUGAAUCGUCCUUCUAAGGUCUUUCUUUCUGUCCUCUUCCUUUAACUGUACCUCAAUAGCAACCAUGGAGUGUAUUCAAGUGACGCUUACUGUUAGAGGAACUACAUCGCUUGGUGAAGUGAUAGCAGUAGUUGGAAGCUGCGAGACUCUCGGCAGUUGGUGUUAUCAGAAAGCUCUGCCCCUACAACCCGCAGAGGAGGAUAGCAAUCUAUGGAAAAGGACCAUCACAGUUUCAAAGGGAGUACAAAUCAGCUAUCGCUAUUUUAAGGGGUUCUUCCUGGAAUCAAAGUACCUUUUCAUAAGCGAAACACGUCAGCCUUGGUGGGAGGAGUGGUGCUACCAGAUGUCAACCAACAGUGACUGGGUGGCUGAGAGAGUGAAUGCAGUUGGUCCAUGUCAAGUCAUAGUCAAUAAUUGGGAGACCCAUCAGCAGCCUCGGUCAUUGAGUUACUCAGAAGUGGACCAUGAAAUUGAUGAUGGGCAGUUUGGAUUCUGUAACGGUGCUGAAUAUGUGGAUUCUGGCUGGUUAACGUGUCAGACAGAGAUCCGUCUACGUCUCCAUCACUCUGUUAAGCCACCAGUGUCCAUUACCAAGAAGGAAUUCAAGACAUCUCGCUUUAGAUUGAAAUUGAUGCUGGCGGGUAUUGAAGAGGAAGAUGAGGAGGAGAGCCCUUCGUCCAGGCACAAGAUGACUACCACACUAGAGAUUAGUAUGAUCAGUGAUGGUGGCUAUAAGUCCCGUCAUACCCAGCCAGAGUGUGGCUACGCCCUGGAGCCAGCGCAGUGGACUGAGUACAGUAUUCACACUAUGGAGCCUGACAACCUUGAGCUUGUGUUUGAGUUUUUUGAGGAGGACCUAAGUAAAAAAGUCGUUCAGGGUGACGUCCACCCAGGUCAUGUUGGCAUCGCCUGCCUCUUAUCAUCUUCCUUUCUGGAAAGUGGCAAGGAUAAUGGAGUGGUUACUCUCCCAAUCAUGAGCAGAAAUUCCAGGCAGACCAUUGGCAAAGUCAGAGUGGACUACCUGGUUAUUCGGCCUAUUCAAGGCUUUAUUUGUGACAUGAACCAGUGUUACACUAAGUACUGGAGAAAGGGGAGUGCUCUGGAUGUGGGCCACAGAGGAGCAGGGAGCACACAUGCUGCCAAACAUCACAAGAUCAGGGAAAACACAAUUGCCUCAUUUCUAAGUGCUGCUAAUCAUGGUGCUGCCUAUGUGGAGUUUGAUGUCCAUCUGUCCAAGGACUUGGUUCCAAUCGUGUACCAUGAUCUUACAUGCUGUAUUUCCACAAAGAAGAAAAAUGACAAGAAUUCUAUGGUGUUGUUUGAAGUUCCUGUGAAAGAUCUGACAUUUGAUCAGCUUCAGCUUCUUAAACUUGCCCACUCUACAGCUAUGAAGGUGCAUGAUCACAAAGAUUUACAGGAUGAAGAGGAGUAUGUAGAUGAACAUCAACCAUUUCCUUCACUUUCUCAGAUCUUUCAGACCGUUCCGGACUCUGUAGGAUUUAAUAUUGAGCUGAAGUGGAUAGCCCAGAUGAAGGAUGGCUCCUGGGAUGGAAACUUGUCCACUUACUUCAACAUGAACCAGUUCCUGGAUGUCAUCCUCACAUGUGUGCUCCAGAAUGCUGGAAAGAGAAGGAUUGUCUUCUCUUGCUUUGACCCUGAUGUGUGUGCGAUGGUGCGGCGGAAGCAGAACAAAUAUCCCAUCCUGUUCCUGACUCAGGGCGUGUCUAUGGUCUACCCUCAGCUGAUGGAUAUACGCUGUCAGACUACACAGAUUGCCAUGAGCUUUGCUCAGAGCGAGAACAUCCUGGGUAUCAGUGCUCACACUGAGGAUCUGCUACGCAACAUGGACUGCAUUACAGAAGCCCAGUCUAAAGGCCUGGUGGUCUUCUGCUGGGGAGAUGACAACAAUGAGCAUGAGAACAGGAAGUUGCUCAGGGAGAAAGGCAUCGAUGGCCUCAUUUAUGACAGAAUCUGUGAAGCCCAGAUUGAGCAGCCUAACAUCUUUAAAGUAGAAGAGAAAGUGUCUAUAAAAGAGGUGAUUCCUGAGGAGACGCUGAAGAGUUGUGCCUGCUCCACAUACAGUAUUUCCUGCACAGCUGUGCCUUGCUCAGUAUAAUCCACCCACGCACGGUGGCUUAGUGGUCAGCACGUUCGCCAGCACACCUCCAGGGUCAGGGGUUCGAUUCCCACCGUGGCCCAGCGUGUGUGUGGAGUUUGCAUGUUCUCCCUGUGCUGCGGGGGUUUCCUCCGGGUACUCCGGUUUCCUCCCCCAGUCCAAAGACAUGCAUGGUAGGCUGAUUGGCAUGUCUAAAGUGUCCGUAGUGUAUGAAUGUGUAUGUGAGUGUGUAUGUGAGUGUGCCCUGCGAUGGAUUGGCACCCUGUCCAGGGUGUACCCCGCCUUGUGCCCGAUGCUCCCUGGGAUAGGCUCCAGGUUUCCCCGUGACCCUGAAAAGGAUAAGUGGUAUAGAAGAUGGAUGGAUGGAUGGAUGGAUAAUUCCCCCCAUAACAGCUAUUGUUGCCAUACCUGAUUUUAUUCUCCAUAAGCUGCUUCAUUACUCUGUAUUUUAAAUAUUUAACAUUGUUUACUAGAACCUGCUGAGUGCCACAUUUUCAACUUGUACAGCUUACUAAAACUCUUUGUCCUUUUACAUAUUGCAGAAUUACUGUUAAACUUCAAAAUUAAGUGUGCAACAGUAGUAUACUGUAUAAAUCAAAUCAAAACUGUGAUUUGAAACGUUCAAGUAAAAAGAAUGCUGCACAUAAUGCACAAAGCAUGUCAAUGGGCAGAAGAAAAGUAGUAAGGCUAAUGUUGAUGAAUCCCAUAAACUAAAAGUAAACACUACGCUGCAAUUCUAUAUAUCUGCUGAAUGUUAGCAUGACUGUGUCUCCGUGCUGGAAGUGUUCUAUCUAAGUAGGGGCAUUAAAAAUUUCUCCCACUCUGCAGAGCAAUGGGGCUGUGCUCCAUGUGUCUUAAACAUGCUCAAAACACUGAGCUCACAGUGUGAUCGCACUUGGAAAUGAAUUUCAUCAUAAUAAUUUCUUAAAAUAAAGUUAUUUAAGAGAGGUUAUUUCUGUGUGUAGGGUUUUUUAGUGUUCAUAGGACUGUCUAUGCUGAAUUUUGGAAAUGUCUUACUUUUGGAGGCAUUGUAUUUUUCAUGCAUCAAUGAUCUGGUCCUAGCUGUUUUAUGUGUUUAUGCAAGGAAGUCAAGGAGCCCCAAUAAUUAACAGUGUUAUUUGAUUGUUUGCUACUGUGCAAGUUUAACUGCUUCUCCACCUGAACUGCAUCACACAGCUGGUACCCAGUGCAAACUGUACACACAAACCCACAAAUAUGAAGUGUUUUAUACAGUGCCCUCCAUUAAUAUUGGCACCCUUGAUAAAUAUGAGAAAAGAAGGCACUGAAAAUGUGUCUUUAUUGUUUUAGAAUUAUAUAAAUAUAGUUAUAUUUUACAAAUAUCUUUUUUUUUUGAUAAACUUGUGUUUUGUUUGCAAUUGUUUGAUAUCCAUGAGAACAGAGUGUUUUUGUGAAUUUUUAUGAACAAAAGAUCAAAAAGCUAAACAAUAAAGACAAUUGUUCACAGCCUUCUUUGCUCAUAUUUAACAAGGGUGCCAAUAUUAGAGCACUGUAUUUACAAAAGCUAACUUUGCUUUAAACCCCUUCACAGUUUUUGAGCCACAUAUUGAAAACUUGGGCAUGUGUGCACAUGCUUAAGUUGAUAUUUCCAUAUGGUCUUUGAAAACCAACCCAGCAACUCCUGGUUAUUUGCUGGAGUUCCUGAGAGUGAAUGCUUUAAGCAAAUAAAAACCUUUGCAGGAACAAGAUAA